GUAGUUAGUAUCGUCGCGGUCGUGCUCCGAGUAGCAAGUGUUUUUGUUUUCCGUUCAUAAUUUUCUUCCUCCUCCUGGAAGAGGUGCACUCCACCAACCAGCAUUCCAGCAUCUCGACCGUUGUGGCUUGUGUUUUGUGACUAGCACCACCAGCAGACGGGAAAAAGUUUCGUUCGUACGGUCGAGAAUGUAAACUGCGGUGAUUCAUUUCGGUUCAAAUUUUCCAGCCCAGUGUGUCUGACUCUGACUGAGAAUGGUGAAUUUGGCGCUGGUGCAUAAUUGAGUUUUCCUCCCGGAGCUGGAGCUGAGACAUGUGUGUGGAAGCUGGAUUAUAAAUCGGAAAUUGGUGUUCGACGGGUGACAGAAUUUCGAUCCAAAUUUUUUUUUUUCGAGUGUGUUACUGAGAAGUUUUCCAGUGAAUGCGGACAGAGCAAGCAGGGGCGGUAGCGGUAGCGACGGCUGUAAUGGUGGUGACCCGAGGUGGUAUGUAGUACUACGAUGUGACAACGACGACCGAUUUCGGUAUCGGCAUUUCGGGUGUUGUGUUGCGCGCGCGGGUGUCAUUGUGUCCGUGUUUGCGGAAGCGAACGAGCGAAACGCCAGAAAGGAUACUCUGGCCGAGAAGGAAGCCAGGAGAGCCGCCGGGAUCGAAUCUGGCUGGUUUGUGUUGGUGCUCGUACCGUGCAAGUGAUAACAGACCGCAGAGUGUGAAAACUCACACAAUCGAAAGAGGAGAAAAGGACAUCAGCCCCGAAUCAGGUUCCGUGCUGUCUGUGUUUGUGUUUACCUUCCUCGCUUUCACUGGCGGGACUUUCUUUUGCUGCUGCUGAUCGGACCAGGAAGUAUGCGAAGUGCCACUCGUCGCUUUUAGUGAAAGUGUUUUUUUCCCAGCGGUGUCGAAAGAAAAAAUCGCCCUUAACCUCGGAUUAAUCCAGAACCAGUGAACGUUACAUUCACACUCACAUCCGACAAUGGAUAGCUCUCCGGAUCUGUCGCUGAAACUGCGCCGCGGUUCCAGCGAUUCGCGUGAUUCGUUUUAUAUGGAUUUUGCACAAGGCAUCGACUCGGACAUCGAGGAUGUGGUAACUUGUGCAUCCGCUGGGGCGGGUUCUUUACCUCCCAGUGGUUCACAGACGGUGACCACUCCGAGCACACUGGCACCGAUUACCGUAAGCAGUACGGCCAGCAUCCCAGACGUGACUGUCCUCUCAGCCUGCGGAACUAGUCACUCGGGAGGAACGGGAAUCAUUCCGGAGGAUCCGGAAGAUUUGGAUGAUGAUCUGGAGGAACUGGAACCGGUGCCACCACCAAUGCCGGAUCUGGCCGAUCAUUCGUCGGUGGUUGCCGGACUAGCACUGCCUCUGCCUCCCCUACCCAGUUUGGACAUAGACGACAGAGACAUGGAACUUCCAGUGCAACCCAUCAUGCCGUCUCCAUCGGUGCCCCAGAACGCGAUCGUUUCGCCGGAAACCUUCAGCAAUCAGUCAUCGCCGGCGCAAUCCUCGCAGCAUCUGGCGGCGACGGCCAGCUCGACACCGAACGCGGCCCAGCAGCUGGAGGUUGCCGAAUUCGUCGCUUCGCAGUUGCCGCUUGAUUUCCCCCCGCCCACGGACGAGUCCCGUGUCGGUUCUUCGGUGGACACCGCGAGUAAAACGCACCAUGAAACUUCGUCCACUUCGUCUGCCUUCCAGCGCAUCCAGACGCCGACGUUCAGCGUCAAGACUAAUCCGGUCGUCGUCCUCCCCGGGACGUCCCCGCUGGGCAGUUCAGUCGCACUGCAGUCGCCAUCGGGUCGGACCCUUCAUCAGCAAAGUCCUUCGGGUGUGACGGCGACAACCACCACCACCCAGCACCUGGCCGUGCUCUACCACUCACACCAUCAUCACCUGCACCCGAUCCUAAACACUAACCGACGGCCGUCGCGACUGCCGGAACCGGUCUAUUACCAGCAGCCACGGGAGGUUAAACCGGGUGAAGCGUUGGCUACCACUCUGUCCGCACUCUACGGGAAGCUGCUGGUGGUGAUGGGAAUCGCUUUUCCGAUGGCCGAAGUUAUCUCCACUUACAUUCCGCCUUCGUUCUAUGAGGGCUUCUAUCUGUACCUCUACAUAGGCAGCAUGAUAUUUCUGUUUUUUAUGUACACAACUCUGAUGUGGGGAAGGCCAAAAACCCCGAUAGUUUCACCUGUCAAAUCUAAACCGGGCAAAAAAAUUGCCCGCCGAAGCAGCACUUCCACCGACAGUGGCGAACGAUCGGAUAGCGAGGCGGACACCGCCAGCUCCGAGCCGAAGGUGAUGAUCCCGAUGCGGCGGAUGUCUCUGGCAUCGGCAAUUUCCGCCUCCCGUAUUCAACACUUCGGCAGUUUCUAUCUGCGGAUGGGUGCCGUUGCCUUCGGCAUUGGUAGUAUGAUCUACUCGGGACUGGAAUUCGGUCAGUACUUCGAACUGGAGCGGGACACCAAGUGCCACAACGUACUGCUGGCUCUGACCCCCGCAACCCGGAUGGCGUUCAUCUUCAUACAGAUGUAUUUCAUUUUUCUGAAUAACGAGCAAAUCAAAGUCUAUCGCCACAAGAUCCUGGCCCGAUUCGGGCUGAUGCACAUGAUCGGCACAAACCUUUCGGUUUGGUUUUCGGUACUGAUUCAGGAGACGAAGCACGAAAUUUUGACCUUCUACAAUCCGGAGAAUCGCACUUUGCGAAUAUCGCAUCGACUAGGUAACAAGCUGAUACCGCAUCCGGUGGAGACGGUCGCACAUUUCCGAGUCGCUCGAGGACUGAAAGGGCCGCAUAAUAUCUUCGAGUGUCGCCGGUCCAACAUUAUCGGAACGUUGGUUCAGGAUGCGUCCCCCUUUCUGUUCCCGUGCACGAUCGAAUACUCGCUGAUCUGUGCCGCCAUUUUGUACGUAAUGUGGCGCAGCAUCAGUCGACCACAGAUGGACCCGAUUCAACGCCAGGAGAGUCUGCAGCCAAUGAAACGUUCGCCCCAUCACUACUCGGUGGAUUGCGCCGGUGCUCACAAAGGCCUGUUCAUCGGCAUCCUGAUUCUAGUGCUGACAAUCAUCUCGCUGAUACUAUUUUUCGUGCUGAUCUCAAGGCCAGAGUUCGUGAGCCUGGCCGUAACCGAAGUGAACAUCUGCGAAUUGACGCUGUACGGGACGACGACUGCCGCGACCCUGAUCGGGAUGUUUCAGGUGAGACACAUGCAGUACGACGCAUUCCGCAGCUUCAGUCUAGAUGAUAUCCUACUGGUUGGAGGCCAAACCGGAUCAUUUCUGUACAGCACCUUCACCGUCAUCGGUGGCCAGUUCAUGAUGCGACGGGACACGGUCCUGGUGCUGAUUACUGCCCUCGCUUCACUAGUCGAAACCGCCUGCCAGACGAUGUUCAUUCUCGAUGCGAGUCGACGGUCGGCCGCCACGCAGGAGCACAUUCGGAAAAAGCCCGGCCGGGAAAUCGUUACUUUCCUGCUAGUUAGCAACCUGGCCAUGUGGGCCAUCAACACACUGGAGAAGUCCCGGGCGGAAUCGCAUCCGAUACAGCUGCACUUCUACGGCCUCUGGGCAUGGACCAUCAUAACGCACGUCUCCAUGCCGUUGGCCAUCUUCUAUCGCUUCCACAGUACCGUGUGCUUGUGCGAAAUUUGGAAACGGGCGUACAAAAUGAAGCCGGCUUACAUGUAAUUCGAUCUCGGUCCGCCCUAGAUCUUAAGGCUAAAACCCAUAUCGAUGUGAUUAGGAGAAGGGCUGCAGGGCACCCGCCGAAGGAGAAACCACAUUUUCCUUUCGUUUGUUGAAACCCGUUUUCUUCUGAAGUACCGCUCAACUAUCGCUUAAACAGACUGUCUCUUUCUCACUAUUCCUAAUCUUCCUCUAUACUCGUAUUACUAGCUGUACUCUCGUUCCAUGACUGUGAGCUGGAUCUAUUAAUGUUUAUCCUGUGUAGCAGGUGGAACCCAGGAAUCACCCUAUAGACGAUGUUAAAUGAUGUAAUCAAAAGAAAAAAAAACUGAUAAAUACUCCAAACACACAGAAACUGUCGACUAACGUUAGUAAUAAUAAACUCAUUGAAAAAUUGUACCUUCAAAUUGCGAGAAGAAAAACAAACCGGCAAAUAUAUGCUCAUAAGAAAAUGAUAGAACUUUCACGAUAAAAGUAAUUAUACAAAAACAUAAAUCAAAACUAUUCAUACUGUCCAUUCCAUUCUGGAGGAGUGCUAAAAAAACAGCAAACGAAACCAGCCGAACAAGUUCUCAACAUAAAUUUUAACAAUAGCCCACCGUUCGCUUCGUAAUAUGAGUAGUAAGCAGCAGUAGUCAGUAACAAAAACAAAACAGAACCAACCAAUUUAGACGUCGUUUUUUAACUCGCACAAUCAAACGCGUCCUAACGCAAAUUUUUUAUCGAAACCGUUUUUAUGUACCUCAUACACAAAGCAAACGACAACAACAGCAAAAAACACACGAAAAUAUUAACUAGAAGUUUUAGAGAAGAAAUAAUUGUUCAAUUCAAUACCAUAAAAAAAAACAAAGGCCACACACGGCGAACGGAACUAAAAGAAGAAAACGGUGAUGCUGAUUCACUGCUUUGAUUUGCGAUUCGAGAUGUGAGACGACAUGGUGUGGUUAUUAACUCGCCUCGAUUGUAAUAUGUUUUUAUAAGUUGUGGCUAAGUUAAACUAUUUUGAAUAAGGUUUCAGGGGAUGAAUUAUGAGAGAAAUCGAAACAAAAAUGAAGUGAGUCGAACAAUACUGGUGAAAAACAGUCAACAUCUCUACACGUCAUUGAUUACUAUGUUUUUGCUGAGUUGCAGACAGUCGCAACAAAUAUCUUGUGCUGGAUAUUUUUACGAUGCCAAUGAAUGGCUUUUUCAUAGCUGUUUUUUUUUUUAUAGAAUAUUCAAGCUGUCUGCAAUGAGCAACACAUAAAUUAGUUGAAAAUAGACCACCGCACGGUGACGUCACGCAUCUGAGUUUGACAGAUACUGGUAACUUUGUUUACCGUCAGGCGAUAUAGUUUAGUUCUCUUUUAGCAAACAGGUAGCGCUUAGAGAGAGACGUGUUAGUUGGUGUCAGUUUCAGAGAAACUUAUUUAGGUUGGAGAACAUUUAAACUUACUUGUUUUCAUGAUUUGAGGAUUUAAAUCUGCUGGGUGGAUUGAUGGUGCGCCGCGAGCGUCUAGCAGCAACAGACUUUGGGUCACUUGGGUCUACUGCGUAACUCGGACGAACAGAUGCUGGAGAUUGGCGACCGUUCAGAGUAUCCCCACCCCAUUUCUUGAGAUGUGCCAGGAACGUCGUAUUGUCUUUCGGGAUAAUUUGAUUGUAUGGUCACGUUCGAUCCGUUCCUAUCUAACACUGUGAAUUUUUCCUUAAGGAAAUUGACAGAUAGCUUGCUCGAAGGGAGCUUUUUAGCUUCUAGGCCAAAUCCUGUUCCCUGAAAUCGAAGCAUGGUGGUUCGGUUUCCAAAUUUUCAAUUUGAGGCAGUUUCGAGCGUAGUUUUCUUCCCUGUAGUAAAGUGCAAAGGGCUUUCCCGAUAAUAGCUUGGGAGUGUUGUUGUAUAACUCUAAACAUUAUUGAGCUCUGCCUUCUAAUCUUCGUGAACAGUCCUAGAAAAUCUAUUGCGAUAUUAAUCCAAGGUUUUUCCGGAAGCGCCUGACGCAUCUUGGGUUCGGAACGGGCCGAAGAUUGCACAAGUUGGCAUCCCUGGCUCCUUUCACAGACUUUAACAACAUCCUGGUUUAUGCCGGGCCACCAACAGCGCUCACGACCUCUUCAUUAUCGAUUGCUCAGAAUGUCCCUCAUGUGUCAAUUCACUCAUCCUAUGCCGCAAUGACGCCGGAAUUACCAGUUUUCAGUUCAGUUCGUUUACCUAAGUCGAUUCUUUCGUUCAAUGUCUUAACAUCCUGCAAUUUCAUCUAUUCCUAUGUUGUAUCAUCAAUGAGAUUAUGUGUGGAACCAGAAAGGAUCAGCAAAGCGAUAUGGACAUCGCAAAUUAUUUUUUUUUAUUUAUCUGGCAUUCCAUCGUAAUGACAUGGCCUGAUUAACAAAGUUUCUCAAAUUCUCACGAUUAUUGGCUGCCGCUUUCCAAUCGCUGGGGAGUACACGAUCUCCCCGCCAGAUCUCACUCCACCUGGUGUACCCAUCUUUCCCGCUGCACCCUGGUUGUCUUCUUCCUACCAGAUUCGAGGCAAACACCAUCUUCGCAGGGUAAUUGUCCGGCAUUCUUGCAACAUGCCCAACCCAGCAUAUCCGUCCAGCUUUAGCUACCUUUUGAAUACUGGGUUCGCCAUAGAGUUGCGCGAGCUAAUGGUUCAUCAUUCGCGUCCAUAUUCGGUUUUCCGGCACACCACCAAAGAUCGUCCUCAGUACCCGUCGUUCGAAAACUUCGAGCACUCGCAGGUCCUCCUCGAGCAUUGUCCACGUUUCAUGGCAGUAGAGAACAACUGGUUCUAUGAGCGUUUUGUACAGGUUACACUUCGUACGGGGGCCUAGUCUGUUCGACCGCAAUUGCUUGUGGAGCCCUUAGUAGGCACGAAUUCCGCUGAUAAUACACCUCCGGAUCUCACAGCUGAUAUUAUUGUCAUCAGUUACCAGUGUGCCAAGAUAGACAAAUUCGUCGACUACCUCAAACUCAUUGCCGUCGAUCGUAAUGUAACUGCCUAGGCAUUGUCGGUCGGCGAGAUUUAAAUGGACCCCACAAUCAACUCGAAACUCGCACACAGCACCGCGUCCAAUCCACCGUAGCCUUUAACAGUUUAAUCAGCUUCCCAGGAAAGCUGUUUUCGUUCAUGACCUUCCAUAGCACAUUUCGGUCGAUGUUGUCAUUUGGCAGCUUUGAAGUCGAUGAAUAGGUGGUGCGUGGGGGUUCUGUAUUUACGGCAUUUCUGGUGGAUUUGCCGUAUGGUAAAGAUUUGGUCCAUCGUAAAAAUUGCGUUUUCCAUCCCCGCCCAAAACACAAACUCACGAGCUCUUCUGAUCAACGCUAUAAUUUCGCAAUGUCCCUCGUGAAUCUCUUUCAGAACCGUCAGUCGUUCAGCCUCGGACACAACAUGUUUUCCACCCUUAAAGAUUAAACCAUCUAAUUCUGACAACUUUCACAAACCUAAAAAUAAUUACGAACAUUUUUCCUAACAAAUUUAUCACUGCUGGGCCAGCCACUGAAGAUAAUUCCUGCCGGGUAUUAUCCCGCACUGUAGUCCGCUUUCAGCGUACCUCGGUUGAAGGCUCCAACAUGAAACGGCAUAAACUUCUUGCUGGUCCGAUAAUUCGUCUUCGACUGCAGGGCUUUUAGCCUGACAGAUACAGUUCAAGGCGUCAGCAACGGGAAUAUCCUUUCCUCUGCAAUACAUAUUCACCCAUGGAAUUGGCCCAACAAACAAUUUUAUUGUGCAACAGCUUAUGGGGCUUUAGUUCAGCCGAAAUCCGCCGAAUAGCAGUUUAACAAGCCAGAAAUCAACCAAAUUGUUUGUUGGGGGGUUUAACGUCGUACAAAAUCAGUAACAAGUAAGAAGGGCUUAUGAUCCGUUAAGAUUGUCGGCGUUGCUCCCCAGAUGUGGUUAUGGAACUUGUAGCCGAACCUUAUUGCUCUCGCUUAUUUUUCAAUUUGUGGAUAGUUUUGCUCGGCUGCCGACAAGCUUUUUGUUGCAUAUGCCACUGGGAGGUUAUUCUGUAGCAGAACAUCUCCGUAUGCUCGUCCUUGUGGCUAGGUUAGUUGGGACAAAUCGAUUGCAAAUUUCUUUUUUUUCUGAAUUUAGUUUCAUACCGUUGACGUCCAAUCUAUGAAUGACCUCUUUUUUGAUAUUCUGGAGCGUUUCAUUGUCCUUCGCAUGGAUAAGUAUGUCGUCCAUGGAUAUUUUGACGCCCACAAGAUUUCCGAGUUAUUCUGUUAUAAACCCUCUAUGCAGUCUUACUCAGUUGCUUUCCUGGUGAAACAUUUCUCCGGAUUUCAAUUGCGUCACAAUGUUACGCCAACGAACUCGGUUCAUGGCAGCUUACCUCCAGUUUUUUUGAGCGUCCUACACUUCCAAGAUCUUGCUCCCUCGGUACAAUCACUCAGUUCGCUGAGCGCCUCUACAUCUUGUAUCGGCCGGAUUCGAGACGAACGCUGUUUUCGCGCGAUUGUUAUCCGGCAUUCUCAAAACAUGGCUCGCCCAAUGUACCCUGUGAGCUUUGGCUGGAUACUGGGCUCACCGUAGAGUUGCACCAGCUCGUGGUUCAUUCCCGAGAAUGGUCCUAAGCACACGACGUUCGAAAGCGGCUAGUACUCUCAAGUCCUCCUCGAGCAUUGUCUUGUACAUUGUGCACCGGUUACGGGGGCGAAGAUUGCUAGACCUCAACGUCUUGUGGAGUUUGUAAUGGGCACGACUUCCAGCUACAAUACGUCUGCGGAUUUUCUAGCUGCAGUUGUUGUCUGAGGUUACUAAUGAUCCGAAGUACACAAAUUCGUCAUUCACCUCGAACUCAUCUCCGUCGAUCAAUACGCUACUGGCUAUGCAAACCCUAUCGCAAUCGAUUCCUCCUGCUAACAGAACUUGGUCUUUGACGUAUUCACCUUCAAUCUAACCUUUUCUGCUUCUCGUUUUUGCUUGAUUCAGCAACCGUCUGAAACGUCCUUCCGACAAAAUACACGUUGUCAGCGAAGCAGAUGAGCUGGCUGGAUUUAUUGUAGAUCGUGCCCCGCAUGUUAAAGGCCGCACAUUCCGCAAUGUUGAACAGGUCGUCUUGUCGAAGUCCUUUGUGUGUUUCAAACGGGCUUGAUAACGCACCGGAAAUCUAUAUACAGCAUUGUACACCAUCCAUCGUGGCCCUAAUAGUUCUUGAUAGUUUCACAGGGAAGCCAUUUCCGUUUAUAACUUUCGAUAGCUUUACACGGUCGAUAGUAUCGUAGACUACUUAAAAAUCUAUAAAUACGGUGUGAGUGGGGACUUCGUAUUCGUGACACUUUUGGAGGAUUUGCACCAGCCUAAAGAUUUGGUCUGUUGUCGAUCGCUCAUCCACAAAGCCGAGUUGAUAACUUCCCACAAACAUUCGUGCUAGCGGCGAAAGACGGCGAACUGAGAUUAGCAUUUCGUGGGCUGCGCUGAAAAACGUGAUCACUCGGUAGUUCUCACAUUCCAACUUGUCACCCUUUUUGUGUGUUGGGCAUAUUACUACCUCCUUUCACUCCUCCGAUAUCUGUUCUGUUUUCUAGAUCCUGGCUAUCAGCUGAUACAGACAGAAAGUCAACCUAUUCGGGCCCAGCUUGAUAACCUUCGCUGUGACGUCAUCCUUUCUAACUGAUUUGUUGUUCUUGAGCUGCUUGAUAGCAUCUUUAACUUCACUAAUCGUGGAGGUACGUGGAAGUCUCCCUCAUCCGACGUGCUGACGAAACUGUUCCUUCUGCCGUUUUGGUCCUCUGCCUCGGUGCUAUUCGGAUGUUUAUUGUAGUACUGCUUCCACUUGUCGAUCUCCUCAUAUUCAUCCGUCAAGGUUCCUCCAUCUUUAUGCUGCUGCUCCGUCUCCUCACACUACAGCGCUUCCAGGCGGCCCUUUUUGUCUCGCUAAAAACGAGUCUGCUGUCUUCGUUUCUGUUUGUAGCGACUGACGUUAUGACGGGUCCUUUAUUGCAGCAUGAAUUCCCCUCUCGUAUAGAAUCGUUUGACACUCCUCGUCGAACCUGUCGUCACAUCGAUUCCUCUCGAAGAAUCCAGCAGCACUUUACACUGUGUUGUUAAAAGCUGCUUUCACUGUACUGCUUAUAAUCGCAUAUCAGUCCCAUCUGGAAAAUCAUCGAGUUGAGAAAACAGCGCUAGAAGAUAUUUCUUGUUUUGGGUAUUUCACCUAUUUAGGGUGGGUUAUUCUUAUUUUUUCGACAUAAUGUAAUGAAAUAGACUUUAAUCAUAACUUCUUCAUUGAAGAAUUGCUUUUUCCGUGAAAAAUACAAUGAAAAUUAAGGAAGAGACUGGUAUGCGAUUAUUUAGGCCAUCGAGUAGCAAAAUAAUCGCAUACCAGUCUCACUUUCAACCGCUCGGUGUAGGAGUAGUCAUAUUUUUCUCAAGUAUUUUGAGAAUGGGCAAACGUUUAUGGCCGCAGACAGCUUCCCAAUAAGCUGCAUGGAGAAUGGCGGAGACGUCCAUCCUCUACUUACCCCGGCUUUAAGAUCGUCGUUGAAAAAAGCAAAAUAUAAGGUUGAAGUCUUGGAUAAGCUACUGAACAAUUUCCUUUCUUACGUCUUCAGUGUUUCGCAAUACGUACUGAAUUUAAUUAUUCCGAAUUAGACCGUGCAUUUAGCAUAUUGGAAAAGUGGCAUUGGGAAACGGAAGUUUCCAAUUUCAUUACAACAGUGACUUGACGGAAGACGACGGCGAUGAAAAGAGGUACAAACUGUUUUAAGCUAAGCAACUGAAAACGAUUUCUUCUGAGUUUUGACAAUUUCAACUUGAACGAUCAUUUGAAGUGGGCAGCUCAUCCACAGGAAAUAAACUCCUUACAGAAAGCAGAAUUGCUCAAGGCUAUCAUUCUUCUGAUUGAAGAAACCAAUAACCUUUCGGGAACAAAGUUUAAGAAAAAGUUGCAGUUUCAGUGUCUAUUUAAAGUUACCUUUUGUGUGAAAUUUAUUUGAAACAACCUUGCAUUAAGCAAUUAUUUGAUGAUUUUUUAAAAGCAAGAAGCUUGAAGAACAGUACCAAAUUUUUUGUUAUAUGGAUUGAAGAAAAAAAUAUGGCCAUACUCAGGCAAAACAUUUGGUGGGACUGAUAUGCGGUUAUUUUUAAGAUGGGACAAUUUGACCUCAUAUUUUUUACUGACUUUUUCCAAAUAAAACAUAUUUUUUUGUUUCCUUAAUCGAUAGUAAAGUAAGAAAUAGAUGGAUUCUGAUACUUAACUCGAAAACGAUAAAAAUCCAUAUGGGGCUGGUAUGCGAUUAUAGGCAGUGUACUCCAGCAGAUCUCAACAGGGACUUCGGUAAGCUCUCUCUUAUACACCAAUGCUGCCUCAAGGCUUUGCGCGUACUCAGUAGCGGCUUCGAGGAGCUUAAGUCGCUCCAGAUCAUAUAGUGGCGGUAGACGGUAGCGGAUGUUGUUGACAACCGAAAGUCUCUGGCGCAUUCUCACUAUCAGGACAUAGCGGUCAGAACCGAUUUUUGCGCCACGAUACGUUCGGACGUCCAUAAUACCCGAGAAGUGCUCUACAUCAAGCUAAACGUGAUCGAUAUAUAUUUCAGUCUGUUGUAGUGGUCUUCAGGUGUAUCGAUAGGGGAGACUAUCCUGGAAGUAGGUACUACGUAUGGCCAUGUUUUUGGAAACGGCAAAGUCAAUCAAUCGAAAGCCGUUUUCGUUCGUGAGCCGGUGUGCGCUGAACUUUCCAAUAACCGUUUUGAAUCCCUCCUUCUGGCCAACCUGAGCUUUGAGAUCUCCGAUAGCGAUUUAGACGUCAUGUUUUGGACAGCUGUCGUAGCGCAGUCAACGAUUUUUCCUUCGCCAUCACUUUCGGCUUAUUGAAAGUCAAUCUUAUUGGCCUCGGUACUCUCCUUGCUGCGUUACAGGUUUUCCAGAAAGCUUCGGCCACACCACCUACAGUCGAUCAUUUUUUCUUUCGGAACCCUAUGACUUUUAAUGGCAUUCACUUCACUGCUGGAAACACUGGCAUUUUCAGCGAUAAGUUUAUUCUGCUGAAUAGCUUCCUUAUUAACCUUGUGAAUGCUAACGGACUAAUCAAGGGUGAUUAUAUUGUCCUCAAAAAGGUUGGCUCGUAGCAUCUCCGAUUGAACAACACUGAUCAACCUGUCCUAAUCAGGAUUUGUCAACUCCUGGCCGUUUUCUUUUCUUUUUUUUUUUUGCUUGGGAUUUGAGUCGAAUCAUAGAACCUCCAACGAAGUUUUCUUCCUCUUGAACAAGCGCGUCGAAAUAACCAGCAAAUUUUUUCGCUACUGUCUUCAGCACCUGGGCUUCGGCGGAUGUCAAAUUGAAGCUUUCGUAGAUGCCUGCUGGACUGACUCUUUUCCGACAGCUUCUAAAGCUCCACGCUAUUGGCGUACCAAUAGAACAUUUGCAUAACUUUCAUUGUGAAUUCUCGUCGCCUCCCAGCUCAAACGGUCUUUCGUAGUAUACUGAGACUCGCCUCCACAGUGGUCAUUUUCAGGCGAAAUCAGUCACUUAUGACACCAGGUCAGUUCGGAAUUAGAGAUAAAUAAACCAAAACGUUGCGAUUGGUUUGACGGACUCAAAGAAAGUGAAGCCUUUAUUCGUGAAACACCAUUGAUACCAAAAUUCAUUAAAGGAUGGAUAUUACCCAACUUCGUCACAGCUACUACAAACGUUAACAAAUCCAGUGAGAGUGUUAUUUUUAUAUUUAUUUUUCCACACUAGAAAUGGAAUAAUUUUCUUUCAUCGAUAUAUUGGUGCUUAUUACGGGAAUCACUUCACGGUGAAAUAUAUUUCACUCUCACGCUCACUUCACUUUUUUAGACCUAUUCCCGAUUCCACCUCAAGUGAGGUGGCAAAAAUCACUUUCGUGAAGUGAAAUUGAGAAUAGGACAAGUGAAAUGAGAUUGUUUCCCAGCUCAAAAAUCUCUAAGUCCCAGAAAGUCGUUUUUUCCGUUUUUUUAGAUAACACCAUAUCUUGACGUGUUCUGCAUUUCUAAGACAUUCGGCAUCAAAAAAAAUGUUUUUUUCGGUAUCGAAAAUUUCCUGAACUAGUUUGAAUUUUUUUCAUCGGGCAAAAAAAUGAAAAUUUUACCGCUUUACGGCACGGAUUAAAUUCUGAUUCGUUUCGUUACUGAAGAAUAAAUCCAAUAUUUACCAUUAGAUCACAUAUCAAUCAACUUUAAAACUUAUGGCAUCUUCGUGGAAUCAUUCCACCGUUCAAAAUGGUCGUGAAAUAAUUCCACGCGAAACGUCGCUUUUUCCGUUCUCACUUCACUGAUAUGACACUCAUAAUAACCCAGAUUCCGCAGCAGAUGUCACUUUGCGACGGUUUUCCUCACUUACGUGAGUCCCGUAAUAGGGUUUUGUUCACUUCACUCUGAUUUCACCGUGAAGUGACUCCCGUAAUAAGCACCAUUUACAUUUAGAAAUUUUUUUUUCCGGUAUUGAAAGCCUACUCCUAUAUUGUUUUUCAUUUUUGUUCGGGUCUUUUCAACACACUUAGAAUUUACCACCAAAUCUCGGUAAUUCAUUGCUGAAAACGGCCCUACUGAGUGCUCAGUUUAAAAAAAUGGCAGCUGACUUAUUUAUUCGUGAAUCCUGAUCAGUAUUUUUUACUGAAUUCUAGGUAAAUUAAGGUUAAACCGUCAUUGAUCGGUACGCUGCAUUACAAACCUCGAAAUAAAAUUUUAAGUGUAAAUAUGUUUACAAAUUUUGAGCCUAAUUUGAACCCAUUCCAAGAUUUAUCUGGCUUUGGUUUUUGCAAAUUCACGGCCAAAUAUGGAAUCAUAUUCUUGUUCCAUUCUGUGUUUUGCAAACAUUUUAAUCAGUAAACCUUAUCUGGAAUCAAUUUAAUAUAAGAUAAAACUAGACGAAGGCUUUUUCCAUACAAUUUUGAGGUUAGCUUUCUUUCUACAUAACGAUUUUGAGCGUAAAAAUCUUAGCUUUCACCUAUUAAAUAGCGUUCACAUGGCUACUUUAUGCAUGCCUCUGCGGUGCAAAUAAGCGAUCAGAGUUUCACGCACGUAGGUAGUUUUAAUGAUUUUCGAAAAAAAAUCGGGCGAAAUUACAGCACGAAGUUCGGUCAAUUUUUAAGCGUAGUUUUCGAUAAUUUUUUACCAUGUUAAGCCUAACUCCGGCUCAUUUAGUAUCAGUUAAUUUAGGAUCGAAUGCGAUAUUGUUUUAAAUUCCGAUUUUUCUUGUCUUCAAAAGCUUUUUGAUCUAUUCUAUUAGUGAUGACUCCAAUCCUCAUGUCCAACUUCCAACUUCUUCCAGCCUUUGGAAGCCUGCCCAUCAAACAAUUUUGUUGGUUUACAGCUUAUUAAGUUAUUCUUAAGCGGAUUUCGACUUAACUAUAGCAUAAGAAGCCAUUAUUUCGGGAUCAUUUUCAGUUUUAUGAUCUAUCUUAAUCUAUCAUAUUCGCUAUUCUUUAUCUUGUUUGUUUUUAUUUUUAGGCCUACAAAAACGUUCUGUAGUAAGCCCAGCAACCUAUUUUUAAAGUGAGCUGCUUCUUUCUAUUCUCCGGACUGAACAAUUGUUUUGCUCAAUUCGGAAAAUAAAAAGCUACGUAAUAAAAAGCUCACCUUUGGAAAACUUUGGAUGCACAAGAGUAAUUCCAUAAAAAGAGAAAAAUAAGAUAAAGAGUUUAGUCGAUUAAAAUGGUAGCCCGUUUUUUAUGAAAUUGUAGAUAAUUUAAACUGACGUUUCUUAUAGAAAGCUAAUUAUUUUGCAUUACUUUUCUGUUGUAUUUAUUGACUUUGAGUUAAAUUUAGAAUUGAGUUAUAUCUUUUAGUUUGGGAUUAAAUACAAAAAAAUGUAAUACUAGUUUACUGAGCAUCAGAAGCGAUUAAAAACCUUUAAUCUUAAGCCUUGUAAUUACUUCAUAACGUUUCAAAAACGUUUAGCAGCGUGUCGAGGACCACAAGUGUCAUUUUCAUCACCACGGAAGCCAAUCAAUCAGAAAAGCAUCAUCAUAUAUCAAAAAAGAACACAGUUUUUACCAAUCUUAUACGAUCGUUUUAAAAUCUACUAAAAUAAAAACCAUCCAUUAUAAUCAGAAAACUAGUUAAAAAAUAUAGCAGAACGGAUGCGUCGUACAAACUAUCGUGCAAUAAUCGUCCACCAGGAAAUAAUCAAAAGUGUUCAAUGGCGGCGGUGGCCAUAAUCCAGAGAAUAACAAAUUAAAAUCCAUGUUCACCAGAUUUCAGCAAAACUCAGCUUGUAAUUGUAACGAAGCUCAAGGUUUCAAAAGCAAAAAAAAAUAGACAAAAAAGGUUUUAUGUUCCCAGACUGGAAAGAAGACGCGCGCGCCGCCAUCUGCGAUUGGCGACCAUCUGACAGUGGGACAGCUCCGCAGUCUCCUAGCGACCGACGGGAUUUGUUUGAGGAAUGCGACCGGCAAGAGGCCGUAAAUGUACACCCACAUGUGUUCGUACCGAAACCUAUCGGAACGGCCUUGCGUUUCGGGAUGCUGUUGCAAAUUGCUAGAUUUUUGUGUUUACACAAACUGCCAGUCAAAUUAUGUGGCGCUUGCUGCCGCCGUCAAUGUUUCUCUGUUUCAAGAUGCUGCAAAAGUAGGUGAACAUUUUUCAACUCGAAAAAAUAAUCUCUCCAGCGGAUCAAAAGUGAUCUGCAGUUUGCCGAGAGCAGUUUUACUAUUUAAUUGUUUAGUUUAUCCGAAAUCCAAACAAAUCGGCAUCCAGAGUGGCAUCCACCGAGAGCCGGAAAUUGCGUUCAAUCUGCGCUCUUCUAUGGGCGGGGUAGCGUAGCUCAAUAAUGGUUGUUCUAUUUACAUUGCUUAUUCAUCGAAGUGGCAUUCGAUGCUUCCGUAUGUUAGACAUUUCACUGCAAGUGCUGACCUAUGCCAUGCUUCAAACAGUAAUCAUACUGUGGGUUGUUGAAAUAAAAUAAAAAAUAAAAAAACGUGGCCAUUCCGAGAAUAAUAUUCAGAAAAUGUCACCAGAGCAAGUGUGGGUGUCUUACUAACCACAAAAUAAAUUCCGCGAAAGCAGCACGCAUUGUUGAGAUCAUCAUCAAUUUACUCAUCCGACUAACAGAGAAAACAUAAACAUAUACGAAAACUAGCGGAUAAUCUAGAGGCGCCGCCGCGACAUAAAUCGCUACGCAAAUUGACAGCCGCCGCUGCGUUAGCAGCGAACCGAACGAGAGGCUAGACGACACGAUGACAUUCGGCGACAUCGAUUCAAUCCGCCACCGAUCCGACAACAAUGACAAACUGUGGGAACACGACUUUAGAGACAGUUUUUGUUUCGAUCAAUCUCUAAAAAAUCACGAGCGUAAAAUUUAUAUAAACCGCGUAAAGGCUCACAAUUAUACCAAGUAAACGAAUUGAACAUUUUUAUUACCAAUAUACAAAACACACUUAUAAAUAAAAGAUGACCUUGUCAAAGUGUGCCCAAAAAGCGAAUAAAAAAUUUUCGUUUCUAACAUUAAGCAAAGGGCUUAAACAGCUUUUAUACAGCAGGCUUAUUUAGUCUAUACCAAGAUACGAGUCAUUUGUUUAACCGCCUACUGUGCGGCUUUUCAGUAAGCCCCCUCCUCGCCCGUUCCUGUUCCGUUGCAAAUGAGUUACGAAUGAUGUUGAAUAAUAGGUUGUUAAUUUGAUUCAAGCAGAAAUGUACCGCGCCAAUCAGUGCCAAAAAAAAAAACUCGAGAAGUGAGCAUGUGCAAAAAAGAAAGCAGUGCGGUCAUUUGCGCGCGAAAUGUAGUGUUUGGAUUUAUGUACGCACGUAAAGUAAAAAAAAUACCGUUCUCGUUUAAGCGAAGUGUCGAUUGCUAAGUUAUAUUUCAAAUUUUUACUAGUACUAUAUAUAUAGAAAUGAGGACAAAUUUUAUUGUAAACGCAUUUUUCGAAGGUAUAUUAUGAAGAUAUUGGAGGUAAACGUAAUUAAACGCAUAUUUAUACAUCUCGAA